AAGUGCAAGAGCGAGGUUCACAGCACUAUACUACAACAAACAUCAUCUACUUGUCUAUCCUACAAUGGCUUCUUCUUCUUCUUCUUCUUCCACCAACCAUUUUUCCCUUCUCCUUCUCCUCACCCUCUUAUCCUCAUUGCAUACUCAUGCAAGAGACAGCCAAUACUUCAACAAGGUCUCCUCCACCACCAACACUAAAGAAAUUCCAAGUAACCAACAAGCAGAACCCAAUUUCCUCCCGGAAAAUGAAAACAGCUACGGCCUUUACGGACACGAAUCCGGCCAGCUCCCCCCUUCCACCACCGCAUAUGACACUGAAUCCAAACAGCCCUCCCACAAGUACCUCCCCAAGAACUACAACCCCGUCGCCUACGUCACUCAGCCGGAUGUCGUAAGUGAAAACACCCCAUUUACAGAGGACAAAACUUUCACCUCGACCAACACUGACAACAACAACUAUUACAACGGUGGAGACCAAAACUAUUACAACAACCAGCAAGAAGAUCAAGAACCGGAGUUCAGAAGCUACCCGGGAGCCGCCACAAACAACAGAAACUACCACUACAAUGGUGGCAGCAGCUUCAACAGCUUUGCGGCCGCCCCCCCCCCAACCACCCGCCGUAAUAACUACUUCAACAACGGCGGCGAAGCUAACUACGGUUUCCAGCCGCAGGGAAUGAGCGAUACCAGGUUCUUGGAAAAUGGCAAGUACUAUUACGAUGUUAAUACCGACAAGUACAGCAGCAAUCACCCGUAUGAGACGUUGAAGAGGGGACAAGCAAGAAAUGAGUACAGCAACAGAAACUAUUAUGGGAAUAGCGAAAAUGCCUAUGAAUUUAGCAACAGAGACAACUCCAUGGGAGGAUAUCAGAACCAAGACGAGUUCCAACAGGACGAGAAUGAUUUGCCUUGAAAUUUGAAUGAGGAAACCAAUGAGAUGAGAUAAUCAACUUAAUUAUUACAGUCGUUGUUGAUGGUUUUCAAGGUCA